GUUCCGCGGUUGAGAUGAACAACGCAAUGUUUACAUGGGACCGCGCCGCUGUCCCGGCCCUUAAAAACAUUAAUCUCCAAAUCCCGAGUGGAAAACUUGUGGCUGUGGUUGGCUCGGUUGGUGCCGGAAAAUCGUCUUUGCUGGCCGCCAUUUUGGGCGAGAUGGAAAAGGUCAAGGGCACUUUGUCAGUUCAGGGACACGUGGCUUAUGUUCCCCAAGAGCCUUGGAUCCAGACAAACUUCCGAGACAAUAUUCUGUUUGGCAGCGAGAUGAACGAAAAUUGGUAUCGCAAGGUCAUUCGAGCAUGCGCACUGCAGCGAGACCUUGAUCUCAUGCCAGGUGGAGAUUUCUCCGAGAUAGGUGAAAAGGGCGUGAACAUGAGUGGCGGACAAAAGCAGCGACUGAGUAUGGCGCGCGCUGUCUACAAAAACGCCGACAUCUACCUGUUGGACGACCCCCUGUCUUCCGUUGAUACUCACGUGGGGAAGCAUCUGUUCAAGAAAGUCAUUGGCUCAGCAGGCCUCCUGAAGGACAAGACACGAGUUCUUGUCACCCACGCGGUCCACUGGCUGCCCUCUGUUGACUUCAUCAUCGUAAUGGACCGAGGUCACGUGAUCCAGUCAGGCACCUACGAAUACCUCCUCAGUCGGGAUGGCCCUUUCGCACAGUUCCUGAGGACCUAUCUUCUACGGGAAGACGACGAUGAUUUCGACGACGCAGAGAUCCAGAGGAUUCGCUAUCAGAUAAUGGAGAAGGUUGAAUGCGUCACUUCCGAUGGCCUGACAUCAGCAGACGAAGAAGAGUACUUCCGCCGCAUUAAGAUGACAAUGAAAGACAGACUAGAAAACACCCUGCAGAAAAACCCCAUUAGUAUCAGCGGCGAGGAGGAUGAAGAGGACGACGAUACAUCAGCCCCAGGAACAACUCUUGUUGCAGAGGAGAAAGUGGAGGAAGGAACGAUAAAGACCUACGUUCUGAUAGACUUUGUGCGAGCCUUCGGAGUGUGGUCCAGCCUCACUGUCAUCCUCAUGCUCAUCCUGUACCAGGGCCUGGGUAUACUUGCUUCCAUCUGGCUGUCCAUGUGGACAGAAGACUCGUUUCUACAGAACCGUACCUUGGCCGGCUCCAAUGAAUACACUUCCAAAACAUACACCUACCUAAUUAUCUACAGCGUCUUUGGUAUCCUGCAAGGUGUCGCCACCCUCAUAUUUGUUGCCGCUAUAAGCCUCGGUAUGGUCGUGGCCUCUAAGAAGCUGCAUGCAUCCAUGCUGUCUAACAUCAUGCGCCAGCCAAUGAACUUCUUCGACACAACGCCGCUUGGCCGCGUGAUGAAUCGCUUCUCGCGGGACGUGGACAUCCUGGACGCGCAGAUGGCCAAACUGGUGUUGGUGUUCGUGCAGCAGCUGUUCACGGUCCUCAGUGUGCUCAUCGUCAUCUCCUACACCACCCCUAUCUUCAUGGCCGCCGCAGCACCUGUCAUGAUCGUCUACUACCUUGUGCAGAAAGUCUACAUGCCGACGUCACGACAGUUGAGGCGGAACGAGUCGACAUCCCGCUCGCCGAUUUACGCUCAUUUCAGCGAGACCAUCAGCGGCGCCAUGUGCAUCCGGGCCUUUGGAGCGUGCGAGAGGUUUGCCGAGGAGUCUGCCCGGCGUGUUGACGAAAACCACACCUACUACUUCGCCUUCACAGCUGCUUCCAGAUGGCUUCGAGUAAGACUAGAGCUUUUGGGCAACUUCGUCGUGUUGUUCGCGGCGCUGUUUGCAGUUACUGGAGACGACAUGACUGGCAGCCUGGUCGGACUCUCUGUGUCCUACGCUUUGCAGGUGACGAGCUCGCUCAACAUGCUGGUCCAGAAUUCCACGCUUCUGGAGAGCAACGUGAUAUCCGUGGAACGCAUUGUGGAGUACUCCAAGCUACCACAAGAGCCGGCUUGGAUCAACCCUGACAAUCGCCCUGGUAACGAGUGGCCUCGCUAUGGCGACAUCACGUUCAAAGGUUUCAGCACGCGCUACAGGGACGGCCUCGGUCUCGUGCUCAAGGGUAUCACGUGCAAAAUUAAAGGCGGCCAAAAGGUGGGAAUCGUGGGCAGAACAGGGGCUGGCAAGUCUUCAUUGUCCAUGGCACUGUUCCGGCUCAUUGAAUCUGCUGGGGGCAGCAUCACCAUCGACGGAGUGGACAUUUCAGACAUCGGCCUGCAUGACCUGAGGAGAAGUCUGACCACACUGCCGCAGGAUCCGGUUCUGUUUUCCGGCUCUUUGAGGUUCAACAUCGAUCCCUUCGACAAGUUUACCGACGAGCAGAUCUGGGCGGCACUGGAGCAGGCCCACCUGGAGGACUUCGUGGACAGUCUCAAAGGUGGGCUGGACUACAACUGUGGCGAAGGAGGCCACAACUUGAGUGUGGGCCAGAGACAGCUGGUGUGCCUGGUGCGUUCCAUGCUGCGGAAGACCAAGGUCCUCAUCAUGGACGAGGCCACGGCAGCGGUUGACAUGGAGACGGACGAGCUCAUCCAACGAACUGUGCGCACGGCCUUUAAGGACUGCACUGUGUUCACGAUAGCACAUCGGAUUAAUACCGUUCUUGACUAUGAUAAGAUUAUUGUGCUCGAUGCGGGAGAGAUUUUAGAGUUCGACACACCUGCCAACCUUCUCAGCAACCCUAGAAGUGUCUUCUACGGGAUGGCAAAGGACGCUAAGAUCGUCCCGUGAGAUGAGCGCGUGACGACAAGAGGCUAACGACCAACUGACAGCUGGAAAUAACUGACAACGGGGUGAGAGGGUGGACAUCGUGACUUGUGGUAGAGGUCAAGUGUUUUUAAAAGACGUACAUUGUACGUGUACAUGCUGUAGUAUGGAUGAUGCGUCAGUGUGCUGUUACAUUUCCAUACAUUCGACACAUUAUUUUACAAUCUUACAUAAUACUUUUCGCAGACUUUUGAACACGGUAUGAUAUGGAAAUUAUUUUUUCUUGAAAGGUAAGCAGCUUCAUUUUAGGAUCUAAUUGGUUAAGACAAUUUAAAUGAUUCCCAGUAGAGAGAAGAACAGAAUUCAGAUUGAUUUCCUGUUAAUAGACGGGAAAAGAAACGUACAAGCAGAGUAUUUCAAAACAUUAAAAGGUGAUAACAUAUCUGGGACACUGCUUUUGUUUCUCAACAUGACAUCUUGUCGCUGCAUCAGGUAUUUCAAUCAGUUUUACAAGAGAACACAUGCCAACUUAGUGUAUACAUGCGUCUUAUCAUAAAACAACCUAUCAUGAGUAUUUUGUUCGAACACUUCCACUUUAUACUUUAAGUUAAACCUAUCUUUGUUUUUCACAGAAAGUUGAAUAAAUUGUUCAAAGUA